CAACCUCCUUGCCUGACUUGGAUGAUGUGAUGUUCAGGGGAAUUCCUUAACCCAAGUCACUCCUCAGUCAGGCACAUCUACAAAAGAUUGCAUCCGUAGUUUAAGAUGGCCAGCCAGCCACCGGAAGAGCCUGUGGAGACUCAGGUCUCAGAUGAGCUAGAGUGCAAGAUCUGUUACAAUCGGUACAACCUGAAACAGAGGAAGCCCAAGGUUCUGGAGUGUUGUCACAGGGUUUGUGCCAAAUGCCUCUAUAAGAUCAUAGACUUUGGGGACUCCCCCCAAGGUGUCAUCGUCUGUCCUUUCUGCAGGUUCGAGACAUGCCUGCCAGAUGAUGAAGUCAGUAGCCUGCCUGAUGACAAUAACAUCCUUGUAAACUUGACUUGUGGAAGCAAAGGAAAGAAAUGUCUGCCUGAAAAUCCCACGGAGCUGCUGCUUACCCCUAAGCGGCUGGCGUCCCUCGUCAGUCCUUCCCACACAUCCUCCAAUUGCUUGGUUAUCACCAUCAUGGAGGUGCAGAGGGAGAGUUCCCCGUCUCUCAGCUCUACCCCUGUUGUAGAAUUCUACAGGCCUGCAAGUUUCGACUCUGUCACCACAGUGUCCCACAAUUGGACAGUGUGGAACUGCACCUCCCUACUCUUUCAGACAUCCAUCCGGGUGUUAGUGUGGCUUCUAGGCUUGCUAUACUUCAGCUCCUUGCCCUUAGGGAUCUAUUUACUGGUGUCUAAGAAAGUCACCCUUGGGGUAGUCUUUGUUAGCCUCGUCCCUUCUAGCCUUGUCAUCCUUAUGGUGUAUGGUUUUUGCCAGUGUGUUUGUCAUGAAUUUCUGGACUGUAUGGCACUUCCUUCUUAAUCAAUAUGCAAAAUAGGCAAUUUGGCACAUAUGGCUAUGUUCAAAUGAUGUACGUAUGAUUUGCUUUCUUUUGUAUUCUCUAUGGCUAGUGUCUACAGCCUCAACGAAUCCCUUGGCCAUAUGUCUGCGGUCCAUUUUCUGUCCAGAUGUUGGCUUGAUGGGUUUUCCUGGAUUCUGAAAAUUUUUUUUUACAAAGUUCAUUUCUACAUGGGGGUUAGCCAAGAAAGCAAGGCUGUGUGCACAGCUGUUAGGGAGCUCUGCAGUUGUGAGAUGCUCAUGAGCAAAGGUGUGGGCCCAGUGAAUACUUGCAGACAAGGACCAGGCAAGGUGUGUUAUACUGUGGCAGGGUCUUUGUAAAUAGAUCGGGGAUAAAUGGAGUCCUCCUUCAAGUUAGAGAUAUCUCAUGAUGGUGGGUAGAUGUCAGAGGCAGGUUGCUCCAAAACACAUGGGCGUGCCCCCCCAUUUUCUUAGCGCUGGAGCCCCUAAUCAUUUUCAGGUGCUUUCUCUCUUAAGGUACAGCUUCUCUGAGG